GUUUGUGUUGGUUUUUUGACGGCUCUCUCACGAGUCACGACGUUUCAACAACACACGGACGUCAAAAAUGGAUUGGUGGCAUCUUACAAUUAGCUUACUAUACCUCGUGUAUAACAUACCUUCCGGAUCCGGCAAAGUGCUGGAACUUAGUGAUAGGUUUCUCGAAGUGCAAAAUGAUGGGGCUUGGUUUGUCAUGUUUUACGCUCCUUGGUGUGGCCAUUGUAAAAAAUUGGAGCCUAUUUGGAACCAAGUUUCUCAGUCAUUAUAUCCCCCAGUUGUGAGGGUUGCUCAAGUGGAUUGCACUCGGUUCCCCAAUGUGGCUUCCGAAUUCAAAGUGAAAGGAUUUCCAACUCUCUUAUUCAUGAAGAAUGGGGAGACUUUCCACUACAAGGGAGAGAGAACUCGGGAAACCUUGGUGGACUACGCAGAGAGAAUGGCUCUUCCUCCCAUCCAAGUCAUUGGCGAUAUUAACACCAUGAAAGACAAAAUUAACUCACAGCAGAAGUUUUUUCUUUAUGCAGGGGACAAUAUAGGAUCUACCUGGGAAGCAUUCAACGUGACGGCGUAUGAAUUUCAACCGUACAUCUAUUUUUACUCCGUCUCGCUUCCAGUGUUACAAGCUAGUGGCAUAGAAACGGUCAGCCACGCUCCUAGUGUGUUGGUUUUCAAAGACGGUACUCACUACUUGUACAAAAAUGACAUGCCCGUAGUUUUGGAAAACCGUUUAGAGGGCGAAGAAAGCGAGACGGCCGCCGCCCCAUCUGUACCGGGAUUGAGCGAUUUAAGAGACUGGAUCAAUCACGAAAGGUUUCCUAAUGUGGUCGAAAUCAGUGGGGGCAACUUUCAUCAAGUCAUGAAAAUUAAAAAAUACAUCGUCCUGGUCGUUACGGAAGUGGACAAAGUUGGAAGAAUGCCGAAGGCUAUGAGAGACUAUAAAGAUGCUGUUGAGCGGUUCGCAGAAACUCACCACAGUACCUAUCACGACAACUUCCUCUUUGGUUGGACUGGGUCUCCCGAAUUGGCUAAUUCAAUCGCCAUGACAACACUGCCAGUGCCGAGUCUCAUCGUCAUUAACGCAACCAAUUACCUUCAUCACAUCCCCGAAGAACAUACGGAUAUUAUCACGCCGGAAAAUCUGGCCGAGUUCCUCAACCGCAUUCUCCAAAACGAUAUUCAGGCUUAUGGUGGGAUGGGUGUGUUGGCUCGGGCAAUGCGCAUGUACUACGAAGCGACUACUACUCUCAGCGGCAUGUGGUACGGCAACCCAGUUCUCACUAGCGUCAUCAUUGGACUGCCCUUGGGCUUCCUCAGCCUCAUUUGCUACUCCAUGUGGUGUGCCGAUAUCAUGGACGCAUCUGAAGAUGAACAAAAUGUUCGAGAAAAGGAGGACUAGGAGGCAUACUUACUACCCCUAUAUAGAAACAAGAACCUUUUCUUUAUCCUUCUAGUCACGUGAUGUUCAGCAGCUGUUUUUUUGCUGUGCAGGUUAUAUUUUUGUGAAUCGCAUCGUCAGUGUGCCAAGUCUCAAAUAUUUGGAUGCCACCGAAGAUCUUCUGCUGUUGUCCCACCUAAAACAACGGCUCCCGCAUCUACCAUUUGUCCCCAUUUGUGGUUUUCCUCACCACGCCCCCGUAUUGAUUUUGGAAAGCGUGACGUACUUAAGCCGUUCCAUACUAUACUCUACCAAUAACCACAUUUUUCAUUCCCCCGUCAAAAUUAGUAUUACUAUAGGUUAAGUAGCUUUUUUUCCAUUUAAUGACAUCCAUAACGAAUUGACAUUAAAUUGACUCAAAUAAACGAGGAAACACCAA